GCCAACAAAACAAGACACCCAACAAAGAUAGUGAACAUGAGAAGAAAAAUGAAGUAUUCCCUUAUAGAAAAUGAAGCAUCGAGAAAAAGAAGCUUUAUCAAACGGAAAAAAAGGAUGAUGAAGAAACUUGCUCAGCUGUCGACUCUCUCUGACAUCAAGACGUGUGCGGUUAUCUACAGUCCAUACAACCCAGACCCUGAGGCUUGGCCAUCAAGAGAAGGCGCUGAGAAAGUGAUAUCAGAUUUUAUGGAGGUUUCGACGGGUGAUCGGAAUAAAAGGAUGUUUGAUCAAGAACGUCUUCUGCAUGUGGGGAUUGCUAAAGAGGAAGCGAAAUUGCAAAAAAUGCGUACUGAUAACCAAAAUUUUGAGAUUCAAAAUAUUAUGUUUGGUUGUCUUAAAGGAGAGAUUGAUGUGCAUAAGCUUGGUCAAAAGGAUCGUGAAGAUUUAAGUUCUUUUAUUGAUACCUAUAUAAACAAGCUUAUUUGCAGGAGGCAGAACCUUAUGGAGAAUGGUGAAUCUUCUUCUCGUUUACCUCCUUCUGUUGUUGCAGAUGCAGUUGUUGUCCCAGUUGGAGAUUAUGAUCACAUGAAUCAAAAUCAAAAUCAGCAGAAAUCGAUUCAAUGCCAAGGAUGGAGACCCCAUGGACUGGAACCAUCACCAACCUAAAAGACGAUAUUGCUAUCACCGCUGCUGAUGUUGGUGCUCCUAACACCACCAACAAUUGAUUUAGAGUUAAAAAGGGAGUUGUUUUUUUUCUUCUAAGUGAAGUAUUUAAUCGUUUGUAAUUGUGUUUUCAUCAUUUGAAAAGACAAAACUUCUAUGUAAUAUCUUUUGGGUUUCUAUUUUUU